ACAAACAUGUGAGUUCAGAUUCCCAUUACCCAUGUAAAAUGGUAGAGAUGGUAAUGCACAGUUAUAAUCUCCCUGGGGGUGGGGGAUUCCUGGAGCUUGCUGGUAGCCAGUGUAGCUGCAUCAAUGAGCCCCAAGAUUCAAUAAAAGACCUUGUCUAAAAAAUAAGGUUGAAGAGCUACAGAGAAUAGCCUCUGGCAUCGACCUCUGGUCUCUGCCAUAAACACACAUACAGAACAAUAUAAUUUUUAAGCUGCUAUGGAAAAAGAAUUCUAUGCUGUCUUAGCCAAAUAAAGUGCAAACUUCCAUAAAUGCUUCAAAAGCUAUUAUUCUCACUGAACAAAACGUUCCCGGGAUGUCCUGAGAAUUUAUAAAACAUUUAUAGGAAGGUUGUGAAGGUGGAUCUGCCAGUAAGAACACUUGCCACCACACCUGACUACCUGAGUUCAAUCCUUGGGACCCACAUAGCAAGAGAGAACCUACUCCAGGUUGUCAUAUGAUCUCCCAUUCGAAUACAUGGGAAGUAAGUAUAAAUAUGGUUAACUCUUGAAUUCUAGCUACCUGGAUUUUCGCACGCAUAUAAAAUCUGUAUACUCACCUUGGGGCUCUGUUGGGUAUUUACCUAUCUGACUGUUCACAAGACUCUGUAAAGGCCGACUCGGCUUUGUCUUUAUGGAUGACAGUCUGGGGAAACUUUUGCGGUGCUGGGGACUGAACCCAGUAAGUCAAGCAAGAGCUCUCCCUCAGGUACGUCCCACAGGUUUUGUUGUUGUUGUUGUUGUUGUUGUUGAAAUAAUUUACGGAAAUGUGCGUGUGUUUGGUCUCUUUGAAACUACCAGGACGGGCACGGGUCAGAAAUACCACGGACCUGGCACCAGAGAUUGGCAUCAGGCUCCUAAGGAACACAGCCACAGCAGGAAGUUGCCACUGAGUCUCCAGCUCCAUCUACAGGAAGUGCCCCCUUGGAGCCCAGCUCUGUCUGCAGGAAGUGCUCCCUAUCCUUCAUCCUUUUGGACCCCUUCCCGCCGAGCUCCAUCGUUGCGGGCUCGGAGACUAACAGCAAGUACCGCCAGGCUGUGGCGCGCUGGUCUCUUGGCUCCGGUAGCGGGCUUUUUGGAUGAGCUUCGGCACAUCCUCGUAGCACACCUUCCCUAAACUUUGCAGCAACAAAUAGCAUACUUAGCUGCUGACGCUGGCGUGUAGUCUUAGCGUAGAUCUGGGCAGGUUAGAGCCCUGGCUAAGGCACUACAGGUACAUCUAUUACAUUCGUCAAGAAGUAUACCGGUCUUUGUUGGGUACCAGGUACGUACUGCAAUUCUAGAGUCUACGUAGACGUCUACCAGGAGCAGGAGUGGCUGUGCAGUGAUCUGCAAUAGAAGCUGGAGAACGGAGUGCGUGCACCCAGCGGUUUGUGAGCCUGUGUGGCUCAGUUUCCCCGCUCCUAUAUUAGGCUUGAGGGUAGCCACAGAAGAUUAUGCAUCUACAGAGCAGGCCAUAUGUCAGUGGGAAUUUACAUCGGAAGGAUGGACCAAUACAAAGUAGGAAGGAAAACUCACCCUGUGGUGAAUUCGAGGAAUUAGGAAGCCCAUGUUUUUCUGGUAUGUAGGAACUAACUUCUUUUAUUCUGGGAUUAACUUUACACGUGGAAAAUAAUUAGGCGCUUAAUAUACUUGGUGGUAAACUAAACGGGAGACGCAGGUAGGAUUGGAUUCUGGGAGUUUGAAGUUAGCCCAAGGAGAAGUUUCUGAUGGUGGUCAUGGGGUGGGUGUGUGUGUGUGUGUGUGUGUGUGUGUGUGUGUGUGUGUGUGUAAUGGCAGUCUGACCUCAAAAGAUGCUAGAAGUUUGACCUUACCAGCAAACAGGCAAUGUUUCCUCCCCGAACACCAUUUGCAGCUCUCUAAUUCGGUGUAGAUGGAUGGUUCCUAUAUGUUGAGGCUUCUGUAUACAAGACACAAGGCUGGUUCCCACUUUCAACAUCAGUUGUAAGUUCCAGCUUAUUCUACCUAUGCUUCUGACCUACUGGCUGGAAACCAGGGUUUUUACUAACUGCUCCCAGAGCUCAGAUCUCACAGAACUCGGGAAGCAUGCUUACUGAUGUGUUAUAAAGCAUAUUGCCAAGGAUUCAGGUGAAGCGGACAGUAUCCUUGUGUUUAAGAUUGAGGGUGGUGGUGCUUCCAUGCCCUCUGGAGGUAUCAAUCGCCAACUGUUUGGAAGCUCCACAAAUCCUGCCUUUUGAAUUUUGAUGGAGACGACGUUAUUGUGUAGGCCUAGUUAAUUAAAUAAUUGUUUGGUGGUCGUCCAUUUAACUUACAGCUUAUCCUGUUCAAAGGAUUUUCGGAGUUACAAGCAAGAAAACAGUAAAUACCAGAUGUGUUUCACACUAACAUAGGAGAUGUGUUGGAGUAAGAUCAAAAUUGUGCUUUAGGAAAUGCACAUCAAUGGUGUGAUGUAAGAAACAGAACUAUUGCAAUAGUGGGUGAAAAUGGUAACUAAGGAAACCAGAAGGAAGGGAUUGCUGUCACAGGUAUUUUAUAGAAGUAAUUAGCCAAACUCAGUGCUCAUAUGGGACCUUUUGUUAAGCCUAACUGCAUGGAAAGUGGUUGGCCUCCAUAGAAGUGGAGAAAUACAUAAGGAGUCCCACUGUGAGGUGACCCUGAUUUCCUUUCAAUAUGUGUGGAAAUGAUAGUGCAGGAGAGACUUGAAGCUGGAGGCAUACUGCGGGCAAUGGAAAAUCUGGAGUCUAAAGGAAACUUGGAGCCAGAAAAGGAUACAGAUAUCCUUGAAACAGAUGUGCUGGAAUUGAGAUCACAAAAGGAGAAAGGGAGACAGACGAGGGAAAGAAGGGACCUGCUGAGCCUCUACUGCUCCUGGUAUCUGUGGUUCUGUAAGAACAAAAACAAAACCUGAAUAAUAAAAACAGUGUCUUGGGGGUCCUAUGGAUUGAUUGGCCAGUUCUACUGUGGGUCCUGCUUGGGGUUGCUCAUAUAACUGUAUUUAGCUUAUGAAUUAUGUAGGCUCUAGACCCAGCUAAGGUUUUGCUUAAGAGGCCUAAAUCCAAGUGACCUUUACAUGACUAGCUUGGGUUUCCUCACAGUAUGGCUGUCUUAGGGCAGUGUCCUAAAAGCUGCAGGGCACUUCCUUUCUCUUUGUCAUGCUAUUAUGCUCUGUUUGUCAAAGCAAGCCAUAGGCCAGCACAGAUUUUGAGACAGUAAUUAUAGGAGACAUGGCAAGAUCUCAUUACGGAAGGCAUUAAUGAUGGGAAAUUAUGAAAGAGCAAUACCAGAUCUGUAUGGAAAGUGACAUAUUCAACCUUUAAAUUGUACUGUGUUUCUGCCAAGAUAGCUCUCUGGCUUCUCUGUAUGUCCAAUCAUCCCUCCUCUCUAACGUAGGCAUAAUACAUUAAAACAUACUGGGUUUUGUUUUGUUGUUUGUUUGUUUUUCAUUUGGAAGGUUUUGCUGUGUUCAGUUUCACUGAGACAGAGUCUCUUUAUUUAGUCCAGGCUGACCUUGAACUUGCUGUGUAGUCCACACUAGCUUCUGUUCCUGCAUGCUAGGAUUUCAAGCAUGCAGCACCAUGCCAGGUAUUCAUAGUUAGCCUUUCUUCUCUCAUGGUUUAUUCCUUACCUUACCUCUGGGCUCAGCUCCUUUAGUGUUCAGGAUAUGAUUUGGAUGCAUAGGGUUAGUCAUUGAGCACAGCAAAGUGGAGAACAAAAAUAAAAAUGUUUCAUAGGGUUUUAAGUUGACUUUAAUUUUCUUCAAUUCUUAUACUGUAGAUGUUCAUUCAGAAAUACAUUUCUGAAGCACAGACUUCAGACAGCUGAACCGUUCUGCAGCUUCUAAGUUCAACAUGUAUGAAGUGUUGCCGGGUUCUGCUCCUGAGAAUGAAGGCAACCUUGUGACAGUGAAGGUGGAAGAUCCCACCUGGGAGCAGCCAGGCCGCUCACAGGAGGGCAAGGCGCAUGCUCAGGAACUUUACCGCCUGCGAUUUAGGCAGUUCCCUUACCAAGAGGCUCCUGGGCCCUGGGAAGCUCUGGCCCAGCUUCGGGAACUUUGCCAUCAACGCCUGAGGCCAGAGACCCACACAAAAGAACAGAUCCUGGAGCUGCUGGUACUGGCCCAGUUCCUGACCAUCCUACCCAAAGAACUCCAAGCCUGGAUACAGACAUAUCCUCUGCUGAGAGGUGAUGAGGCAGCGGCAUUACUGGAGAAUCUAGCCUCGGAACAUGGAGACACAGGGCAGCAGGCUACUUUCUGUGCUCAGGAACAGGACAUGCACCUAGUCGUGACAGGGUAUCAAGGAGCCUCUAUGGAGAAGUAUCAGAGCCUCCAUUUCCUGCAGUCUUCUGUCACUCCCUGGACAAGUGACUCUCCAGAGUUCCUCCAAGACGUGAGAGGUGAUACCACUUCCCCCACUGAAAAGGCAGUCUCCAGUUUGAACACUGUCAGGAGCUGCCACCCACCCUGUGACUCCUGGGCCAAGAUGCACAUUGUGUCCUUGCAGUGUGCCACUGGAGACAUUACUCGGAAAGGGAGGGGAAAAGACAAAUCUCGAGUGAGCGAGCCGCUCCAAGGCCUUGCGUUUCCUGAUGAUUCAGAGGCAGAGGAAGACAUCAAGCCUGAGGUGCAGCCUGAGAGAAAGGAGCUAAAGGCAUCUAGCGUCCCUGAGAAGAGCUGGGCUAAACGAGACAUUAAGCCCAAUUCUCCAAGCUGGUCAGCACUGGAUUCUGGACAUUUGAAUCUUAAGAGUGAGAAGUUGAACCCAGUUGAGCUCUUUGAAUUACUUUUUGAUGACGAAACAUUGAACUUGAUUGUCAAUGAAACCAAUAAUUAUGCUUCUCAGAAAAAUGUCAACCUGGAAGUCACAGUGCAGGAAAUGCAGUGUGUGUUUGGUGUCCUGCUCUGCAGUGGAUUUGUAAGGCAUCCCAGGAGGGGGAUGUAUUGGGAAAUCUCUGGUUCUGAUCAGACCCUGGUUAGAAAUGCAAUUAGAAGGGACAGAUUUGAAUUAAUUUUCUCAUACCUGCAUUUUGCAGAUAAUAGCUACCUAGAUCAAAAAGAUAAGUUUUCAAAAUUGAGGCCUCUCAUAAAGCAAAUGAGUAAAAAUUUCCUCUUGUAUGCCCCCCUAGAGGAAUACUAUUGCUUUGACAAGUCAAUGUGUGAAUGCUUUGAUAGUAACCAAUUUCUGAUUGGAAAGCCUCUUAGAAUUGGCUAUAACAUUUGGUAUGACAACUACACAAGGCUGUCUGGUUUGGUUCGAGCCUUACCAAGAAGACUCAGCUGUGGAAACAGAUAAGGAGCUGGACCUUGGGCUAGCUGGGAAUCUAAUGAGCUUUGCUGAUGUCCUUCUGGAGAAAGGCCACUAUCCCUAUCACGUGUGUUUUGAUAGCUUCUUUCCA